CUGUGGAUGCAAAGCGGGCGGCACACUUGACUGUUUAUUGAUGAAUAACCUGUUGAAAUGUGGAUAAUAGAACAUGUAGUCUUUCUAUUGAGUUCGAGUGGAUUUUUUUUUUUAAAGUGGGAUUUAAAACAGCUUUAAUAUUUUUUUAAUAAAUCGUAAAGGCUGUCGAUGAAAGGACAUAAACAGGAUCCACAUCAUGGACUUCCUACUGGAGCGCGUUAGUCCGGAGACCACCAGAGCCCUGCUGCUGUCCUGCGUGCUGCUGCUGCUCUCCCUCCACCUGCGCCGCUGGAUCCGGAUCCGCUCGGUCCCCUUCCCGCCGGGGCCGCUGGCCUGGCCGGUGGUCGGGAACGCUCCGCAGCUCGGCAACAGCCCUCACCUGUACUUCAUGCGCAUGGUGAAGAAAUACGGCGAGGUGUUCCAGAUCAAGCUGGGCUCCCGGACCGUGGUGGUGCUGAACGGGGACAGCAUCAAGCAGGCGCUGGUCAAACAGGGACCGGAGUUCGCCGGCAGACCGGACUUCACCUCCUUCCAGUACGUCAGCGGCGGGGACAGCCUGGCGUUCGGCACGCUGACCGACUGGUGGAAGGUGCACCGCCGGGUGGCCCAGUCCACGGUCCGGAUGUUCUCCACCGGGAACCCGGACACCAAGAGGACCUUCGAGCACCACGUCCUGUGCGAGUUCAAGGAGCUGCUGCAGCUGUUCGUGGAGAAGACGCAGCAGCAGAACUACUUCCAGCCGCUCUCCUACCUGGUGGUCUCCACCGCCAACAUCAUCAGCGCAGUCUGCUUCGGGAAGAGGUACUCCUACGAGGACGAGGAGUUCCGGCAGGUCGUGGGCAGGAACGACCAGUUCACGCAGACCGUGGGGGCCGGCAGCAUCGUGGACGUGAUGCCCUGGCUGCAGUACUUCCCCAACCCCAUCAAAACCAUGUUCGACAACUUCAAGAAGCUCAACCUGGAGUUUGGAGAGUUUAUUAGAAAUAAAGUUCUGGAGCACAGAAAAACCAUCCAGUCCAGCACCAUCAGAGACAUGACGGAUGCUUUUAUUGUGGCGCUGGACCAGAUCAGAGAGAAAUCCGGACUCUCCUCCCCGGAGAAGGACUAUGUGACCGCCACCAUGGGGGACAUCUUCGGAGCCAGUCAGGACACUCUUUCUACUGCUCUGCAGUGGAUCAUCCUCAUUCUGGCCAAGUUCCCUGAGAUGCAGCAGCGCCUGCAGCAGGAAGUGGACCGCGUGGUGGAGCGCGGCCGGCUGCCGAGCAUCGAGGACCAGCUGCGGCUGCCGUACGUGAUGGCGUUCAUCUACGAGGUGAUGCGCUACACCAGCUUCGUGCCGCUGACCAUCCCCCACUCCACCACCCGGGACACCUCCAUCCGGGGCUACGCCAUCCCCAAGGACACCGUGGUGUUCGUCAACCAGUGGUCCAUCAACCACGACGCCGGCGUGUGGUCGCGGCCCGACACCUUCGACCCGCAGCGCUUCCUGAGCCGCAGCGGCGCGCUGGACAAGGACCUGACCGGCAGCGUGCUGAUCUUCUCGCUGGGGAAGCGGCGCUGCAUCGGCGAGGAGCUGUCCAAGCUGCAGCUCUUCCUCUUCACCGCGCUGCUCGCCCACCAGUGCCACAUCGCCCCCGACCCGGACCGCCAGCUCAAACUGGACUACAACUACGGGCUGACCCUGAAGCCGCACGCCUACUUCAUCGCCGUGAGUCUGCGUGAAGACAUGAAGCUGCUGGAGGCCGGGACCCGGCCCGCCGAGGGGGCGGAGCCACACUCAUAAACAACAAAUAACAAACUAAACAAACAAACAAAUGAAGGCUGAAAACACAAAUAGACGUAAAAGCUCCCGUUUGUGGGCUGAAAACUAUAUUUAUAAGCUGAAUCUCAGGCGAAACAAAUUCUUAUCACUGAUUUCUGACUCAUUUUUUAAGUAUUAAAGUUCCAGAGGAGCAGAUUCUUCUUCUGUUCCAACAAGCAGGAAUCUCCCCGACAACAUCAAACACUAUCUGACUUACCGCUUAGCAAUUAGCAUCUUCUGAUCCGUCACGCUGGAGGACUGCAGCCAAUCACCGAUUCACCUCGACUAGACCUCAUUACAUAUAUAUAUACAUAUAUAUAUAUAUAUAUAUAUAUAUUUAUAUAUAUAUACAUAUAUAUAUAUAUAUAUGUAUAUAUAUUACAACAUACAGGACACUGAACAGCUGCUUGUGACUUCAGUGUGAAUUCUAUCACUGCAAGAGUUUAUAGAAAACAAACGAGAACUUCUAAAGCUUUCUUAGUGUUGUCAUGGUUUCUAUUAACUUGUUUGCUGUAAAACUGAAUCUGCUUUAGAAAACGUUCGUCUGUCGAACACGAACGUCUCAAUGUGAUAUUUGAAGGUAAAAAAAGAAAAAGUCAAAAGUGGAGAUUUUUUAUGUGACAAACUAAAGUGAUUCUGUGUGAACAGCUGAUAAGCCCUUUAACCCUGGUCUUCCAAAAUAAAAUGUUCAGUACACUGUAGAAAAUGAUUGAAGAAAUCACAGUAAAACACUAAGAAUUGGAUCAGAAAUAGGGCGUAAAAUUAAAAAUUCUAUAUCACCGUAAUAGACUUUAAAUCAAAGAAUAGCACACAACUUUAAUGUUUAGUGUCAUAAACUGUAGAAAAGAACCCAUUUAUGCUCUAAAAAUAUAAGAAAUUAUGUAAAAUUAAUGUUGCAAUUUCCCUAAAAAUAACAAGAUUAUUCAGUCUUAAUUACAGUUUUUGCUGAUAUUUACAUUUAAAUUUACACUGUAAAGAAAAAACAUGUUUUUACAGUAAAAACCAGCAGCCAGAACUUUACCGUAAUAAAUACUAAAUACUACUAAAUAUAUAGUAGUAUUUAAAUACUAAAUACUACUUUAAUAUUACUUUAAAAAUAUAUUGGCACUGUUGAUUUUACAUUUAAGUUUGCCACUUUAUUCAAUUUUUACUGUAUAAAUAAAAAGUUUUAUAAAUGCCGCAUGAAUUAAAGAUUUUACUAUAAAAUAUUACAGUUUAUUUCUGUUAGAGAAAUGGUGUUUAGUACAUUUAACAGUGAGAAAAAGUAUUUUUUACAAAAGAUAAAUGCAAAAAUUACAGUGGUGGCUUGUAUAUAUAUUACAUUUAAUACACAUUACAGUGUAUUUUACAGUGAAGAAAUUUUUUUUUUUUAAAACUGACACUGGCUGAUAUAAAUACAUUUACUGAGUUUCAUUGUUACUGAAACUGAAAUAACUAAUUUAUCAUUUUACGUCUUUUACCGUCUUGGUUUAACAGAUUUUCACUGUAAAAUCUACAGACAUUUUUUACAGUGUGCUAACAUAGUUUUUACUCAGGAAUAAGGCCGAUGAAAUGUAAAUAUAUAUGAAAUGUCAAAUAUUAUUUGGAUUAGAAGGCUUUGUAUAGUCAGCUAAUAUGAAAUCUGCUGUAUGAUGUUUGAUAAGACGAGAGGUUCAUCUGCAAAAACAGAUAAAUUACAAUUAAAAUAAUAAUAAUUAACCAACACCAGCUAGAUUGAUUUUCCCCUUAAAUGCACAAAAAAAAAUAAUCAUAAUAAUAAUAAUAACAAUAAUAAUUUAGGAACAUUUUUUUUCAUUAAAACAACCAAAACAACAGUUGGACUGCACCAAAAAUAAAUAAUUAAAAUGUGGGAAAUUAAUGUGUUUUUGCAAAGAACUCUUCAACCCUCCUGUUAUGUUGCAGGUUAAAUUGACCCAUUUCAAAGUUAAAAAAAAAAAAAAAAAAAAAAAAAAAAUCGUUAAAAGUAUUUUUUCAUAAACAGAAAAAAAUUAAAAAUGUAUAACAAAAUGUUAAAAAAAUUCAAGUCAUGUAAAACCAUUGUAUUUUAUAUUUAGUUAUUUACAAUCUAUUUAAAAAAAAAAAGAUUUUACAUGCAUUUUUAAAUUAAAAACGAGUGAAUUAUCCUCAUUGAACCUGAUCUGAGAGGUAAAGAACACCAUUCAUAAAUAUUGAUUAAAAUGGUUAGUAAUGGAGUUAUUAAUGACAUAUAAACAAUGUUUAUUGGGAUUUUUUGGAUCAAUAAACAUAACAGGAGGGUUAAACAGACCUGCUCGUGUCCAAUAUAAAAUAUGAAAGUACUAAUAUUAGAUCAGUGUUAUUUAGUAAUUUAUUCCUCCACAAAGCUUUCUGUUUAUGAUGAUUGAUGUAGAAUGCUGCUCUAUGGAUAAAAACCUUUUUAAUAUGUCAUUUUAUCUCCAUGCCAGUAACCAAACUGUUUGUUUUCUCUUCAUAUUGUUUUAUUUACAGGAAUAUUCAUGCUGUCAGAGUUGUUGGGACACUACGGGCUAGUUAUUAUUUUAUUGUUAUUAUCUAUUUGCUGCCUCAGCAUUAAAAGGCUCAUGCACUGACUUGUUGGAAUCACUGGUGACUUUAAUAACAGACCUGCUAUUUGUUAUUUUUAUGUCUUUGUAAACUAAAAUAUAUUCACUGAUGAUAAGAAUAUACAAUUAAAACAUUCCCACCAGGAUGAUCCUGUUAAAGUCAAAUCUUUGUUCAUUUGGUUAAAGACAUAAACCAUUAAAUAUUCUAUAUCAUGUA